UGCAUUAGUGCCACACUUGAAGUGACGUUCAAUGCAUUGAUCGGAGCAUUGAUUGGUUGCAAACAAGAGUCACUCAAAACAGCUAUUGAUAACUAACUGUGUGUUACAUAACAUAACACAAGCAUUGCAUUCAAUGACAUGUACUCUACUGUUGUGUCCAAACAUUUGCUCACAAUAUUUGUCACACAAUAGUCACCAUCUAAUCGAUUAUCUCAUUGUUUUUGUCUUCAUCUCAUCCAUCUCUGGCCAUCAAACAGUUAAUUUUAUCACCGAAAGUGCCAUUGUUUUUGUCUGAAUGAGGUAUAGCUUGUAAUCCGACAAUUUGGUAGUGAUUUAGAGGGACGUUAAGAGGGCAUACCUUAGAAGACAAACGGUUUUUUAAGACACGAAUGUUAUCGCUGAGGAUUGUCUCGUGUCGAUCACUAAAACAGCCCUGAAUUCAGUUAUGUUUGUCGACAGAGAUCUCAAUGUUUUGCCAUUAAAUAACAACUUAAUUAUUUAGUUAACUAAUUAUUGAUUUACUUGAAGAAAAAUUAUCUCAUUAUAUUUGCAACAAUCAUCAAAUAAAUAUUAGAUAUAAUAAAUAGUUAUCAAUUUAUUAACUACUAUGUGAACUACCAUUUGAUUACCAUUGAAUUAUGAAGUCACGUAUGAGAAGAACUUCUGCAUCGGUUGAUGUCACGCAUUCAGAGCAAAGCGGAUCCGACGAAACUCUUCACGCAAACAAUUCAAAGAGUUUAGAUGUUUGUGUAUCCGAAAGUCGUAUCGACCGAAUGCGAAAACUUUUGUCAUCUCCGCUAUUGAGACGAAAACCCAAUUACCAUAAAACCAUUACUCAAAGCUCUCAAUGCGAGUCAAAAGUUUUUGGCGUUUCUCUCGAUGUGUUAUCACAUUCCAACACAAGCGAAGAACCCUUUAUUCCUUUUGUUGUCACCCGUUUGUGUCAUUUUAUUGAAGACUCGGGAGGUUUUCUACAGGAGGGCCUCUUUAGGAUUAGUGGUAACGCAAAAAUGAUUGAUAAAUUGAAACAUUCAUUUGACAAUACGGGUGACGCCAACCUCGAGUCUGAAGGAGACAUUGCAUCCGCUUCGGCUCUUUUGAAACAGUUUUUGCGAGAACUGCCACAACCUCUCAUUCCCGACACGUCUCAAUUUUUGGAGGCCAUUAAAAAUUACGAAACGGACGAAAGAAAAUGUAUUCACAAUUUGCGAGCUUUGGUUUCGAGACUCGCCGACGAAAACUAUUAUACAUUAAAGUAUUUGUCGGCUUUUUUGAACCGAAUAGCUCUUCAAAAAGAAAACCGAAUGACUUCAGCAAACUUAGGUAUUGUUUUCGCCCCCAAUAUGUUUAAAGUGAAUGUCGAUACCUAUAAAGGACUCCGCGAGCAAUCAAUGGCCAAUGAAGUCGUGACACUUUUUAUCGAUCACUUUACUAACAUAUUUAAUAUCGAUUUAACCGAUUCUAUAUUCACUACUGUCUUCGCAAUGUCUCCAUUAACCGUUGAAAUUCCAGAUCCCAAUCCAAUUAGUGCUGAUUCAGAUGAAAACCAAUUGUCUAUUGAAAUACCAUCACUUUUAUUGCAUAACACAUCACAAGAAAGUCGAAAACGAAAAGAAAGUAAAUGUCUUUCAAAUUCGCCACCGUUUCGGUCAAACUCUGAAGAGACACUAAUUGACUCAAAAGACAAAGACAUUCGUCGGUGUAGUUCUGAUGAAAACUUGUUGAACACUGAGUUUAUUACAGCCGUCAAUAAGUUUGAAAAUUUGAAUUUUCGCAACACUUCGAGUCCACACCCACCUGAAGCCAAACGCCGAGAGUUAGACACUGAUGAACGGUGUUCGGCCUAUGAUAGCCAACUUCAUUGUAUUUCUGAUACCAGUGACCAGUUUGAUGACCAGUGCAAUCAAAAACAACCAAACAUUAGUUGUCAAAGUGUUAAUUUGUGCAGUGAUUUGAUUGACAAUAUGGACUCAUAUAAAGAGAAUUGCAGUGAAAAUAAUGACAAUGAAAGUAAUGUUAUAUUCAAGACGUGCCAAAUAUCACAAACAAAUGAUGACAGAAACUGUCGUACUUUGGUUGAGAUAACGCCAAUUGAUAAUCAAAACAAUAAUAAUAUAAAUAAUAAUAAUAAUUACAGUAAUAAAGAUGAAAUUGACAACAAAGACAAGAUUCCUCAUCUGGAUUUCAAAACAGUGUUUCAAAAUAUUGAUAUUUCUGAACCAAUUUUAUCUGAGCACAGAUACAGUUGGCCGCGAUCUUCACAUGAGAGCGAAAGUGCGAUUACAAGUGAUAAUUUGGCACCAAAUCCAUCGACUUCUGUCUCACAAUUUCUGAAGAAAGCCGUUUCAUAUGAGGCACCACUUUCUCCCAGUGCUUACAGAAAUUAUUUAAGUAAUCGAAGCGUUCAUUUGGAUCCAACUAUACCUCCGUCACCACCUGUGGAACAAAUGAAGAUAAGGGCACCAAUACGUGACAUCAAACAAAAUGAGUUAAUCAAUACAAGUAUUAGAUCUAUAACUAAGAAAAUACAAAAUGUUAAGAAAAAAUUAAAGCAUUUUGAAUACGAAUUUGAAAAAGAAAAGGGAUUUCGUCCGUCACUCGAACAGAAAAUGAGUUGUCCUGAGGGUCGAGCUCUUGUACUCGAAAUGAAUCGACUGAAGAAAGACUUGAAAGAAUUUAAAGAUGACUUAUAUAUGGAAUCAAUUGAUAAACAAAAUCUUUUACCAAAUGAAACAAAAGAAUUUAAUUGUAGUAAAUCUUUGAUAAAUAUAAGCGAAACAAUCAAAGAAAUUGAAAGAACUAUUGAAGAUAAACGCAAAGCAGCGAAUCGACCGGAAAUUCUUGAAGAGAUGACAUCUGAAGAGAUCAUUGAAGAAAAACUAACACUUCAAAAGGCAUUACUCCGUUUUGAAGCACUUUACGGACGACCAACCACUAAGGCUGAGCGUGAAAUAGUGCGACCUCUUUAUGAUCGAUAUCGAAUUGUGAAGAGAAUGGUAGCGAAGACAAUGCCUCCAAAAGUUGGAAGCAAAGAGUCGGCAGAACUACAGCCCAUAUUAGAACACAUUGCUAUGGACUUCACUUCUCCAUCUCAUUCAAAGAGUGAGGCCAUGGCUUCAAUACAAAUCACUAAUAGUAGUGAUAAUACAUUGUUUGGUGCCAUCACUGAUGAAAUGAUCACCAAUUCUAAGUCAAACAAAGAGUUAAAAACUAUUCAAUUCAGUAAUUUACAUGAAAUGUCGUUAUCAGAGUUGAAUCACUUAUUGAACGAAACUCGUCUUCAAAAAAGAAAUCUAAGAACUGUUUUAAGAGAUUUCGAAAAUGAUUUCAUGAGAAUAAUGGGUCGUAAAGUGGAAAAAGAAGAUAAAGUCAAUAUGGGAUCAGUUUAUUCAAAUUAUAAGCACACUAAAGGAAAACUUCGUUUAUUGGAAGCCUUGGUCUCUAAACACGAAUCCCAGUUAAUUAUGUUAUGAAUUUAACAAAUAUUUUGCUCAUAUUAUUUAAUGUUAAUUAUGGAUAUAUUGAAGAUUUUUAACAGUUUUUGUGACAAAAAAAAUAUUUAAUUAUAUAACAACUUUUUAAAUGUUAAUAAAUUAUUACCGUAAGUGUAAAUAUUAUAUGUUG